AUGGCACCAGCAAAUUCUCGCAAGAGAAAAUCGGACGAGAUGGACGAAGGCGCCGGCGGUGCCGUCACCCCCUCCGGCAGCCCAGCGCGCAAGAGGUUGCGAAUCACCCAGCAACAGAAGCAAGCAUUGAUGGACAACCUCCAACUCGAGAUUACCGAGCGAGCGCGCCAGCUGCGAGCAGGGUAUGCGCUUCAAUGUGCUGACCUGAGAGCUCGUAUUGAACGACGCGUCAACCGCAUCCCUCUCUCCAUCCGCAAGAUGACCAUGCGGGAGCUGAUGCAACAGCAUGAAGCUUCCAUCGCCAAGCAGAACCAGCCUCGUACUUCACCCCCCAAACAAACACUAUCCGUCCAGGUCCCUGCACCCAAACCUCUACCUCCUCUCCCACAAGAAAGUGGCUCGACCAAGCUGCCUUCUCCGGUCCGAGCUCAGCCACCGCAAGCAACCGCUACACGGGGAAUUAGGAAGCGCAUGAGCCCUCAAAUUCAGAUUGCCCUGGACAAAGUGAGCGAGGAUGACCAGGCAGAGUCUGCAGCACUCGAUACCCUCCCUGUGACCAAGAACACCAAGCGUGCCAAAGGAGCAGCAGCAGCCCCGACAACACGCCCUGCCUCUCGAGCUACUACAAAACAAGCACCAAUCUCAGUCCUCUCUCCACGCUCCCACAACUCUCGCACACUCCCCCGCUCACCAAUUAAAGAUCCCUACCUGCCGGCUUCCCCGACGAAGACCAUGUUCGGCCGCCCAGGCGCGACCGCCAUUUCUCCCAUCCGCCCGGCAUCACCAUUGAAAUCAGCUGCGACAGCCGCAACAACGGCCAUAUCGGCCAGCGUGCAUGGCAUGAUUGAGCACGCGAAACGAGGAGGCACCGCAACCGCCGCGAAGCUGACCCGGACGGCAUCCAAGGAGAAGAAAGAAGCCGCCGCCCUUGCCAAGGCGCAAAUGCUCCCGCCUCCGAAACCGAGUGUGCCCCCUUCUCCGCAACGUGCGUUCAGCCAGGCAAGCACCCGCAGCGUUGCGACGGAUGCUUCUGCCACCUCGACCGGCACAACGGUAGUCGUCAAACCCAAGCGCGGAGGCAGACCCGCCACCGCUAAAGCCACAACCACGCAACACCCCAGGGAUGUAGCGACUACAGAGAAAAAGAAGGGAGGGGUCGCGAGGGCCGCUAGCGCAGCUAAGACGGCGCUCAAGAGAAACGCCACUGCGGGCACUGGCACGGGCACGACGAGUAAGAAAGUCGUAGUGGCAGAGCCGGCAGCAGGACGGAGAGUGUUGCGCAAGAGGGCAUAA